UUCACCCAAAGCCGCAUCGACCCACGGGCACGACCGCUGCUCCUCGCCGCCGCGGCGAUUUCGAAGGUUUGCCUCCUCGUGCUCCCGAUUCUCCGUGAAGGAAAGGCUCGGACUUUGCUCGGCUCGAGUACGCGAGGGCGGAUGAAGGCGGGGAGGAAGAAUCUGCGGCGGGCGCGUGACGAGGGCGCCGCCGUCACGCUCGCUGCGGGCGAGAGCAUCAUGCAGGUCCUCGCGCUGCGCGGCUCAAACGUCAUCGAGGUGAUGGACGGCAAGGGCGUCAAGUCCCUGGCCUUGUUCCCGGCCAAGUUCCAAAAGAGCUUCUGGAUCAAGAACGGGAGUUUCGUGGUUGUGGAUGCUAGUGGGAGGGAUCAAGCUCUGGAGUCAGGCAGCAAGAUUGCGUGUGUUCUCUCGCAAGUCCUCUUCCAUGACCAACUUCGGGCUCUGGAGAAGUCUGGUGAGUGGCCAGCUAUGUUCAAGUCAACUCCCAAGGAAGAUUCAGAGGCAGGAACACAAGGACCAACUGCCCAGAUUGACGAGGAACCAAAUUCUGAUGAAGAUGAUGAUCUGCCACCGCUUGAAGAAAACACGAACAGGAAUAGACCAUUUGAACUGUAUUCUGAUUCAGACAGUGGUCCUGACUCUUAAGCUAGUUUACAUAGGAAUAGGCCAUUGAUGUUAUUUAUGAUCAGAAGUACUAGGGUAAUUCUGUGAUUGUUUUCAAAACAUCUCAGCUUUGGGUGCCAUCCACUUGUACACCUGCUGUAUUUAUCUAUGCUCAAGUUCGGACA